GUGUGGCAAAACUAAGUAGUAAGUGAAACGCGCAGUGUACUACUGUCUGCCUGCGUGCCCGCCCGGCGUCUGUUGCACGCCGUUUUGGAGUUUUAUUUGUUUGACAACGCGCCGCACUGCUUGCUGGAAGGAGGAAGCUGGCAGGAAUCAGUGAAUUCGAUCGGAUUCGACCUGGAGUUGGUGAAGCAAGCAAGAAACAGGCCACCUGACCAGCGCAAAAUAGGAACCAAUCGGCACGCAGCCACUACAGCGAAUCCGCACAGUGAAGCUAUCACUCGACAAAACGUACGACGCCCUCCCCCAAACCAACAACAAUCAACUAACGCCUACAACCUAGGAGGCGCCAUUCGGCGACGAAGAAGACGACGACGACGAUGCCUCUGCUCCGGAGGCAGGUGUUCCAGAAGGCGGCCGGAACGGAGCGGCUGCGGGACAGCGAUGAGGUGUUUUUCUGCGAGCCCACCGGUGAAAUCUUCAGCAGCUAUGAGGAUUACUUUCAUCGCGUGAUGCUCAUUUCGUCGAUCGUGUGGAGCUGUGCGCUGACGGGGCGCCCCAAUCUGACCUACGCCGAGGCGCUCGAGUCGGAAAAGGCGGCCCGGAAGCUGCUCAAAACCUUUCCCGACGCGCUCAAGGGACCGUUUCUGCUGGUGGCGUCGCACACAAAGCGCACUUCAAUCAACGAAAUGCAUGAGGACGUGUACAGCUACAUCAAAGAUCAACUGUUCAAAGGCGAGGUGGUCGAUGCCCUCGACCCGUCCGGCAAAACAUAUCGCAGGGCUAAGAUUGUGGCGGUCACACUGCACAGCAACUCCCCGUCCAAACAGAAUGGCGAGCUACCCGCCGGGAGCUCAUCGGUGGCGCCCGGUGCGCCGAUCAUGCUCUACACGAUGGCGUCGAACGAUGGCAAGGGCCCGAGUACGUGGAUCACGCUGCCGGAGGUAGUGAAGCGCGAUCGUAGUUCGAUCACGCGCGACAAAUGCAAGCUGUUCCUCAAGCAGCACGUCGAGGCAGGCCCGGGCGGGAUACUGCGCAUCAAGGAGCGCUCGAUGCGCCAGUACGUUGAGGCGGAGGGCUGGACCAACGAUCAAGUGUUCUUCGGUAGUGUACCUGAUUUUGAGCUUUCGAGAAGGCGCAAGGAUAAGGAGGUACGGAGCGCCAACAAGGAGCCAGGAGCUGGGGCAGAGGUACAGCUUGUGGAGGGCUCGAGCGAGCGUGAGGUGGCGAGUAAGGGUGUCGCCAGCGGCAAACAGCAGCAAGCGCCGAAGGGUGUUAAACGGAAAAAGGCGACCAAGAAUGCAGCAACCGGUAAGGGUGGUGGGAGCAAAAAAGAGAAAAAAGCUGGAACGACGAAGCCGGGGGCCGGCGGCAAGGGGCAACAGCAGAUGAACAUUACCAAGUACCUCGACGCCCAGUCGCUGGAGGCGGCGGCCGCGGCCAAGGCGAAGAGUAUGACAGAGGAGCUGGAGCGGCUGAAGGCACGGGCGGCAGCCGAAGCGGCUGCCAAAAAGCGGCACGAGGAAGAGAAGGCCCUGUUGACACAGCAAACGACACUCGCCAUCAAACGGUACAACCUGGUCCUGGACGAUCUCGAGUUGACCGACCAGCGCGUCGUACCUGUGCCGCGCCGCGUUAGUACCCUGAUCGAGGAGCAACACUUUAGCGAUUUCGUGUUCAUACUGGAGUUCAUGAACUCGUUUACCGAUCUGCUGUCGCUGCGGAACAAGUUCCCGAACGGGCUGACGAUGGAGCUGCUCGAGCGGGCACUGCUGCAGCGCGAGGUAAAUGGUCCGCUGGGGGACAUCCUGCAGGUGCUGCUCAGCACCAUCUUCGCGCAGCAAGCGGAGGAAGAGAACGAGGUGGACGUGCGGUACGAUCGGCCCGAGAACAUCGCCCAGAAGCGGCUCACGGUGCCGGAGCAGGCGCGAGCCCGCGACGCCGCCGUUUGGAUCGAGAAGCACUUCAGCACACCGCUCAACGAGCUGCCCAUGGAUUCGACCACGAUAUCGGAGUUGCUGCGCCUGCACUUCCUCUCGUCCGGCGCACUGGUGGAGGAGAAGGCGGCGAAACAUCGGUACUGUAACCGGGGCGGCUACAACUCCGCCGACGAUCCCGGCUUGCGGCUGGUGCAGGACUUUCCGCACAUCUUCCGGGCGCUCCGGUCGUACCCGGUCUAUCAGCUGCCGGUCGGCGAUGUCAUUCAGCUGCUCUGCUGCCUGAUACACCAGCUGCUCACGUACAGUGCAGUGCGCGAGCUGGUCGAAGAGCGUGUCGAGAACGCGCGUAACACGCGCAUCCAGUUCCAGUCGGCACGCGUCGCCCAGCGCCGCCUCACGCUCAAAACGGGCUCGCUGAAGUAUCUGGCGCGGGAGGAGUUUAAGAAGGAGCUGGCAGCGUUUCAGGGCAGCGAACCGGAGAGGGAGCAGCUGCGCAAGCAACUCCAGGAGAAGCUGGACGAGCAGAUCGCGCGCAUCGAUACGGAGGCGCAGCAGAAGCUCAAAAUCCUGCAUCAGCAGUCCGAGAAGCUGAAGGAGGACUUCUUCGACUACCAGAUUUAUCUCGGCACGGACCGGAGCUUCCGGAACUACUGGCUGUUCGAGUCACUGCCCGGGCUGUUCGUCCAGCACGACCGUACGCUCGCUGGCCGUUGUCUCGACCGGCUAACACCCAACAUUCCGUCACUGGCGAACUGUGCCACCGAACAGCGGCGGAAGUUUAUCACCAAGUGCAUCAUGCAGAACGGGCAGCAGCAGCAACCGAUUAGCAGCGAGCCGGGUGAGGAGAUCUACGAAGAGUUGCUUAUUAGGGGCAGUGCGGCGCUGGAAGAGAUGAGCCGACGAGGGGCCCAGAAUGCAGCGAAUCCAGCCACCGUACCAACGGUAGCGGCAGGAACAGCCGCUGAUGAAGCAAUUCCGCUGACGAACGAUGACGCGCCACCGGUCAUCGUCAUUGACCUCGACAGUCCCGACGAGGAGUCCCCGGCGACGACAAUAAAGGCUACGCUUCCAGUAACGGCUUCCAGCAAUGAACCGCCAACGAAUGCGCAACUGAUGAUGUGCACGGCAGACAGCAGGACGUGCCCGGUGCACGGUCAGCCGGGUGAUGAGCACGCCGGUCCGAGCUGGGGCUACUUCGCGACGGCCGACGAAUUGGACGCCCUGAUCCGGAGCCUCAACGUGCGUGGCUUGCGCGAGAAGCAGCUACGCGAAACGUUGGAAUGCGAGCGCGAUCUCAUCCUGUCCCACAUUGCCAACUGUCCGCAGGAGAAGCUAUCGAUCGAGCGGCAGAAUCGAAUGGCGCUGCUGGCCGAACUGGUGACGCGCCACCAGAAGCGGUACGAUGCACCCAACUUCAACUAUCCACCCGGCACCGAACCGAACGAGAUCAUGGAGGCCGUGUUUCGGGACAAUCUGCUCGAGCUAGAGGCGAAGAUUACGGUCGGCUACCUAGGGGUGAUGAAGGUGCGCGACCGGGAGGCAUGGCGUAAGGCCAUCAUGUCGAACGAGUACGACCCGCAGACCGACGAAUCGCUACAGUGGGGCCAGAAGCGGCUGCUGGCGGUCACGAAUGCCGUUGCCAAGGCUAGCGGUGGUGGUGGGGGGGACGAGGGUCAGCCUGCGUUAAAGGAAGAACCGUUGGCAGACGGUGGGGGUGCGGGUGCACCCUCGCCCUCGCAUAAGAGCGUUGACGAGGGAGGACAGCAAGGGCGUGGCUCGGAUGACGAAUCGGACGAUGAGAUGGAGCGGCUCCUGUCGAAUGCCCGCGAUCCGGGAUACAAUCUACCGGAGGUACCGUCGGCCAACUGGAAUCUCGCCCCACUACCCACCCUGGACGACACCUGUAGCUUCCCGCUGCACGAUUCCGAGACGCUGCAGCGCAGCGUGCACACGCUCGCUCGGGCGCUCCUGCAGAUCGAGCAGUGCAUUGAGCAGAAGUUUUUGCGCCAUCCGUUCGGGCCGAAAAAGGACCACAAAGAUCGGACGGUGAUGCUGCAGAAGCAGAGUCAGGGGCUGAAAAAUCUGGUCAAAUGGGAAGUGUCGCUAAUGCGGUCGACAUCGUUCGCGCAGCUCUUUCUGCACUACAACGUGCUGUACGAUGCGAUCUACUGGUCACGGUCGGCCGAGCGUAUCAGCUGCAUGAUCUGCCGGCGCAAGGUCGACCCGGACCUGACGCUGUUGUGUGACGAGUGCAACCGGGCCUGCCACAUCUACUGCCUGAAACCGAAGCUCAAGGAGGUCCCGGCCGGCGAUUGGUUCUGUAUGAAGUGCCGACCAGAGAACUUCAAAGCAAAGCAAGGGCCGGCCAAGAAGAAGAAACCGAUAUUCCAGUGGGAGGAUCGGAUGGACGAGGAGAAGGAAGAUGAAUCGUCGGCUGAGGAGGAGGACGAAGAGGGUUCGCUCGGUGGUGGAACAGCCGAUCAGUACAUCGACAGUGACGAGGAGUAUGCGGUCGGGAAGGUGACGAAGCAAGGUGGUGGCACCAAGGCAGCAUCGAACGUAGCAGCAGCGAAACUACCACCGACCAGCAAGGCCACGAAUACUGCCAAAGUCACAACGACCCGCAACAGUCGAUCGGCGGCGGCGGCGGCGGCGGCGGCGGCCGCGGCUGCUACCGGAGCGAACGGCGGAACAGGGACGGCCGCAUUCGGGAAACAACACCACCACCACCACCACCAGCAGCACGCAGACGACGACGGUUUCGAUGAGGAUUACGAAGAGCAAGAAGCGGAGCAAGAGGACGAACGGUCGGCAAAUGGUGAGUCGCGCGAGUCAACGGUCGAGCGGGCCACCACUCCCAACGAGGAGCGCCGCGAAUCGAGACGACGAGCUGCUGUCACCAGUGGCACCAAGCGAAACGCUUCGCAAAAGGAAGCGGACAGUUCGAGCUCGAAGCGGCCGCGCCGAUCCGCAACCAAGCGCUCCACCUCGCUCACCAACACGAUUAAAAUCUCACCGAAAAUGGUCAAGGCUGCGAGAACAAGCGGCGGCGGUGGUGGUAGCAAGCGGCACCGCGACGAGGACGAGGAUGAUGACGAUUACGAGCUCGGGGACAGCGAGAACGAACCGCUGGUGAUCCGCGUGAGCACCCGCCACAACCGCAACAGCAGAGGCGGCCAGCACCGCCGAUCCUCGCACCUGAACGGCAACGAUCGGAAUGGCGGCACCGGCGACGAGCUAGAGUGUUGCGGGGGCUUUGGUGCCGGAUCGCGUCGUUCGCGCCGUACCGCCGACGAUCUGCCGCUCAACUCGGUCGCUCUCUACACGCUCAUCGAUGACAUACUUAAGCAUCCCAACUCGUGGCCCUUCAACCGGCCCGUCUCGGCCAAGGAGGUACCGGACUACUAUUCCGUCAUCAAGACGCCGAUGGACUUUGCCCGCAUCAAGUCGAAGCUCAACAUGGGCGACUACAAAAUCAACGAGCAAAUGCUGAGCGACGUGCAGCUCGUGUUCCGAAACUGUGAUCUAUACAACACCGACGAGACGGAUGUGUAUCGCAUCGGUAGAGAUCUCGAGAGGUACGUGGUGAAGCGAUGCAAGGAGUUGAACCUUCCGUUCCAGCCCAGCGAUAUGCAGAAGAGUGCUGCUAAUGCUGCUGCUGCUGCUGCUGCUGUUACUGCUGCCACUUCCUCUCCCGCCAACGGAGCCUUCUCGUCCACGCGCAAUCUAAAUGGAUCAGCAGUUCAGUCACCCAACCCUCGGUACAGUCACGGCGGUGGUGACACCCGGCGUUAAAACAGAAAACCAUUGGUAAGGGGUUGAGGGAGCAUGGGAUGUGGUACCACCCUGUCGGCGAGCGUGUGGUGGAUUUGCGAUGGAAUGGUUUUCUUUUUUCGUAUCCUUCUUUUCUCCUUAUGUUUAAAGGCAAAUUAUCAUUAUGGUAUUAACGUUAUUCGGCACCGUUUUAUGUUUGUUGCCCAAUAUGGCCCUCUGGCCUCUUGUCGCACUACCAUUAUUUCGCGUCGAGUCGAUGGUCGCCGGCUCUCGAGGACAUGAUUUCGAUGAUAUUGUAAAUUUCUUUCUUUUUUUCGAGUGCAGUAGGAGGUGGGGUGUGGGGUUGGGUGGCGGCCUUAAGACGUGCCCAUUCCCGCACCUUGCUUUGGGAUUGAAUUCUCCGAUUGUAAUAUUGAAUUGGUUAAUUGUGCGUUAACUUUCUGCCGAUCGGCCCCUGGUCAGCUGGCGGGGUUUUUUUUUUUGCCGGCAAUAGCGAGAGAAAGAAAGGGCACGUUGCGCAUUCUAGCAACACGUGCGUCUCACACAUUGCGUGUAUAGCUAACUAGGAAUUAGUGAUUGAUCUUAUUGUUUCAUCUUGAAUAAAAGCAUAAUGUAAUUGCCCCUUUACUUUGUAA